AUGAUGAAAACGACACUGCGAACUGUUUUUGUUCUGAUUCUGCUUGUUGGAAAUGCAAUUGGAAGAAAAGUUGGAGAUCGCCGCCAAAAGUGCACGAAGCUUGGGAGAGAGUAUAAGUGCUCAGCUAGGCACCAGCUGGGCUCGACUUGUUUUCAUAAAACAUGCAAAAGUCGAAUUCUUCGUUGCUCAAGAAAAGACAAUUCCAAUCGACCUAUUUGGAUUGGCUACGAAGGAAACUGCAAGGGAAAGGGUUUCAUGAACAACGAGUGGUCAAAAACAACGAGUAAAAAGUCCAACGAAUACCAAAACAUCACCUCUUGGAAUUGCCUUGGAGGAUCUUCAACGCCCGUAACCGACGUUGCCCAGUUUGUCUUUCGCCGUAAACUCUACAUCAUCGCUUCGUCAAACGAAGCUUUUCACCUGUAUGAAAUCGGAAAGACUUUCCAUCCAGAGUACAUUCAAAAAGUUCCGGUCAACGGACAAAGUCUGGAAAAACUAGCGAUGCUCAGUGUUGCCAAGAAAAGACUGAUGCUUGCAGCUGGGAAGAAUAUGACAACGCUAAUGUACCACUUCCCAAAUAAAGAAAUGAAGAGAAGCGCGCUGACGUCGCGAUCUACUGCAAAGUACGCGUCUGAUGAGCGCUUUGGUACCUAUCGCUGCGAGACCAGACAAGCAAAAUCUGGCAGGGUCUACUUCGUACUCGAUAAGAGAAUCCAUUCGAGGUUUCGCAAGCAUUUUUCCUCGAAGAACUGGAAGGAAAUUCGAUCGAAACGAGACGCUGUUGAUGGCAGAUGCGAUAUUUCGUCCGGAAAGAAUAUGGACGUUUUCUUCGCUGUCAACAACGAGGAACCUACCCGCGGCUAUUACUCGUACAUCGACGUGGUUGAAAUAAAGGAUGCAAACCGCGCUAGCACCGCACAGCGAAUACCUCACGAGUAUCGCAUCACAGCCACAGCAGCUUUUCAACAAGGAAAACGAGCCUCGCUUUAUGUGACUGGGGAUCAGCGCGGGAGAUGCACGAUAUUCAGGAAGAAAUUUUUGAAGACAUAG